AAAGAAGAAGAACAUAACUAUAUAUAGCGAUACAUAAUGGCGAGUUUGUUCGACAAGGCAAAGGAGUUCGUGGCGGAGAAGAUCGCCGGCGUGCCGAAGCCGGAGGCCUCCCUUGCCGCCGUCUCGAUCAAGUCCUUCUCCCGCAACUCCUUCCUCUUCCACAGCGACGUCGCCGUCCAGAAUCCCUACACCCGUCCCAUCCCCAUCUGCGAAGUCUCCUUCUCCCUCAAAAGUGCCGGCAGGGAGAUAGCUUCGGGCAGGAUACCGGAUCCGGGCUCGCUGACGGCGAACGGGGAGACGAAGUUGGAGGUGCCGGUGAAGGUGCCGUACGACUUCAUGAUCAGUCUGCUGAAGGACGUCGGCCGCGAUUGGGACAUUGACUACCAGUUGGACGUGGGGCUGAUCGUUGACCUGCCGAUCGUCGGCGACUUGACCAUCCCGCUGUCGGCCAAGGGGGAGAUCAAGCUGCCCACCGUCUCUGAUCUCUUCAAACGGGGGGGCGACGGAUCGGACGACUGAGAUUUGAUUGGUAUGAUGAUGGACGGCGAUGGCAUUCGGUUUGAUUUUCAGAAGGGGCUUAUUAGUUAAUUAAAAAUGUGGGAUGAUUUAUUAAGGAAACUUCUGGGUUAUGGAAAUAAGAAAAAGAAGGAAUUCCGAGGAUUAAAAAUGUUGGAGUUUUAAUUAUUCCUAUACAUACUUUUAUUUCUAUUUUUGAAAAAAAUGU